ACUAAAAAUAAAUAACAAAACGAAAAAACCAAACAAAAAAACAAAAAUAGCUGAGUUAAUUUAGUGUCUUCAAGUCGCAGCCUGCAAUUAUGGGUAAAGUAUACAUUUCAACUUGUCUCAUCCUUUUUUGUGUGUUAAUAUGACAAUGCAAUUGUUGAGUUAAAGGAUUUGUAUGUUGUAUAUAGAGGUGGAUUGAUUGUUGAAAGUUUUGAUGACUGCAAUUAUGUAACUGAUUUAUUAAAACCAAUGGUUUGAUUCCAGCAGCUUUUUAUGGUAUUAUGCUGCUACUGGCUGUCGUGUCACUGAUGGCUGGGUGGACCAUGGGUGUGCCGAUGGAUUCGUCUUCUUCCGAGUACGGUAGUUAUUCAUACCAGACGACUACUGCUGCGCCGUACUACACCACUGCUGCGCCGUACAACACCACGACGUAUGCUGCCCCCAGUUAUUACACUACAAAGGCGCCCGAGUACUACCCCACAACAUAUGCGGCCCCCACUUACUACACCGAGGCUCCCAAGUAUUACAGCACCAAGGCUCCUGAAUACUACACCACCAAGGCUCCUGAAUACUACACCACCAAGGCUCCUGAAUACUACACCACCACGUAUGCAGCUCCGACUUACUAUACGGAGGAACCAAAAUACUACUCCGCACCGAGCUAUUACACAGAAGCGCCAGUAUAUUACACGACAACGUAUGCCACUCCAAGCUACUACACCGAGGCUCCCACCUUCUAUACCACAAAGGCCCCUGAGUAUUACACCACAACUUACGCUUCACCAGUUUACUACACCGAGGCCCCAAAAUAUUACUCUGCUCCAAGCUUCACUGACAACCGUGUCGAACUACACAACUACAGAGGCGCCCAAUUAUUACGUAGCACCAACUUACUACACUGAAGCCGCCCCAUCUUACUACUCCGAGCCGACCUACUACACUGAAGCCCCGAAGAACUACGCUGCCCCAAGUUACUACACCACGACUGCUCCUUCGUACUACGUCGAACCUAGCUACUACACCACAACUUAUGCUGCUCAA